ACCACAGGACAUCUCGCGUGUCUUCCUGUGCUGUGUUUCCAAAAGGACGGAAGGUGGCAAUGGCAAGCCUUUCCGACUGAGGCAACGGCUGAGGCGGGCCUUGCCACUGAGGGAGGGAGGCGCAGGAGCGGAAGUAGGCCUCCUCCGGGGCCGCCUGCCAUUGCCAGCCCAGACGAGGCAGUCGGUCGUCCUCAGCCGCCGCCAUGAGCUUCUUGUUUGGUAGCCGUUCUUCUAAAACUUUUAAACCAAAGAAGAAUAUUCCUGAAGGCUCCCACCAGUAUGAGCUACUGAAGCAUGCAGAAGCCACGCUUGGAAGUGGCAACCUAAGGAUGGCGGUUAUGUUGCCUGAGGGUGAAGACCUCAAUGAAUGGGUUGCAGUGAACACUGUGGAUUUCUUCAAUCAGAUCAAUAUGCUUUAUGGGACAAUUACAGAUUUCUGCACAGAGGAGAGCUGCCCAGUGAUGUCUGCAGGUCCAAAGUAUGAGUACCAUUGGGCAGAUGGGACUAACAUAAAGAAGCCAAUCAAGUGCUCCGCACCAAAGUACAUUGAUUACCUUAUGACCUGGGUUCAGGACCAGCUGGAUGAUGAGACACUAUUUCCAUCUAAAAUAGGUGUUCCUUUCCCAAAGAACUUCAUGUCAGUAGCGAAGACCAUCCUAAAACGUCUCUUCAGAGUGUAUGCGCAUAUCUACCACCAGCAUUUUGAUCCAGUCAUUCAACUUCAAGAAGAAGCACAUCUGAACACAUCCUUCAAGCACUUUAUCUUUUUCGUUCAGGAAUUUAACCUUAUAGACAGAAGAGAACUUGCUCCACUUCAAGAACUGAUUGAAAAACUCACUUCAAAGGACAGAUAAGCAGAGAUGUAUUUGUGCAAAUCACUUGUUUCUUUAAACAGGCAUGUGGUGUUUUAGGGAUUUGGGCUGUGAUACUCUACACGUUAAUUGAGAUCCAUGGGACGAACUCCUCUAAGUUAAGUGUAUGGAGGUUUGCAGUCUUUUAAUUUGUUUGUUUUUAGAAAGAAAGAAAAAGGAAAUUUGUUCUGUUUUUAUUUGGGCAACCUAGAUUCAUUCUCUGUGCUUUUAUUAGAAGGAAUCCUUUGUCUUUUAGUGAGACACACACACAGUAAAUGGCUUUCUGUUCUUUUUUCAUUGUGUACCUUUUAAAGAAGUUGUGUGUUUAAAAAGAAGAAGAAAAACCAUGCUUGUUGGGAAAUGUGACACUGCUGGUUGUAUGGGUUCUGCAUUGCCAGUUGUAGCCCAUUCUCAGAAGGUCUUUACAGAGACUAAACCUUCUCUAAGUGCCUUGGCAGACUCUCUUCUGAGGUACAAAGCACAUACCAAGAACACUGCUGGAAACAAAAGAUACACACGUUACUACCCAGGACACUUACUAACACUUGUUAUAUACAAAUAAAUAUGUGUAGAACUUUUAAAAUAAGCCAUAAAACUUCUAUCAGUGAUCUCCAGCUUUUAAUACAAAGCAAUGCCUUUAGAGAUGAAUGUGGGCUAUAGGAAGAGGAGUGAGAGAGGGGCUCGUUUUAAUUUUUGUAUUGUCCUGCUCAGAAACCCAUCUGUUUAUUCUUAGACCUCUGGUGGACCAAGGAUAGAAUAAGAUUGGCAGCUUUCUUCUUUGUUGCUUGCAUUUAGUCAGUAAAUACUAACUUCUGAUUUAAAUCUGCUAGUGAGCUUUUCCUUCCCAGGAAUGAGCAGUCUUGCAGGGGAUCAGGUUAAAAAUAAAGGAGUGGUGUUAUCAAAUAAUCUCUAAAAACCUCAAAUAAAUGAAUGAUAGUCCUUUUAAUAUAGGGUAGCAUCAAUUUCUUAGUUAUUUUUAAAAUGAAUAGAAGGUUUCUCAUUCCCAUCGUCAUAUUGAUUCUGAAUAGUCUCUUCACAUUAUAAGUUGUGCAAAGAGAGUAACUAAAUGCAUCCAUUUUAAAAAACGUUUUGGAGGCUGGUGUAUACAUCUCUUUUUUCAUUAUAGUCACUGUAAUUUUGAUACAGUUUGGUUACUCUUUUUUUGCCCAUUUUUCUGUCUUUUCAAAUGAGGAAAGGGGCCAUUGCCUAGAUGACCAUCGCCAAGAGGCCAGUGUCUGAGGAUAUUCAUAACAGAGCAUGGAUAAACCUUUUUCCCCCUUCGCAUCUGAAACUUGACACUUUUCUGAGGGUGCAGUCCGAAAUCAAAAAUGCCACGAUGCUUGGAUAAAACCAGUUAUAAUGCCUCAACUCUUGCAGAUUGUUUGAAAGACAUAAAUUGGUUUCUAUAAUCUGUAAGUAGUCUCCAUCCUUGGGCUAAACUGAAUUGAAAUCCCAUUCUUGAUGGCAACACAUUAAAAGCAUAUGCUCCGUAAAAAAGAAAGCAUGCAUGUUCUUUUAAAAUUCGUAUGUACACAACUGCUUCUCAUACUGUGGCUUAGUGUCCAUGGGAUUACAUGCAUGUUUUGUGUACUUUAAGGAUUGUAGCAUCAACAAUAUAUUUUUGAGACUGAGCUAUAUUUCCUUGUAACAUUAGAAAAAUCAGAAUUGCCAUGAACAUUUUAUUUGGCCCAACAUAAUUCAUGCUUUUGAUCUUGGAAAUGCAAUUAGUUGUUACUGCUUUUCCUUGUACUGCUUUUGGACCUACUUGAUUUUGUAAGAAAUGCUACUUUUUUUUAAAAAAGGUGGAAAGUACAGACACCUUACAAAUGUCCCCCAUCCUUAUAGUAAUUCAAGUAUUUCCUUAAAAAGAAGUGUUUUUAGCCAAGGGUGGGAUCUUGCUCCAUUUCCUGCUGAAAUAAUAUAGGACUUGGUACUUCAUAAUAAUUUUGAAUAGUUUACUACCUUGGGCAUAAUACUUGCACUGCAUAUUUUUAAAACUUGAAAUCACGUUCUUUUAGAGGCUGUGUUGAAUAUGAAUAAGGCUGUGAACAGAGUAUGUCAAGUUUCAAAUACUUACUGGGAAAAGAAUAAUACAAAAAUACAAAUUUUGAUUUGCAUUCAUUGCUGACUCCCUCAUCAAAACUAAAAGCCUAGAUUUCACUGUCUGAGAGUGCUGUUGGUUAGCCUUUGCUGAUCGCAUUAAAUAUGAAGACAGAAACAUCUAAAAUACAAAGACAGUGUUUAAACUAAGAAUUCCUUUUUUGUAUUGCAUUGGGGAUAUUGAGUGCUUACCUUUGUUCGUCUUUAGAAGAUUGUUUAUUGCGUAAGGGUGCAUUAAAAUGCAAAUAUGAAAGUCUCCUUUAUCUUUCAGCUGACCAGGCAUCUUGAACACCAAGCACUGUGGUAUCAUUAUAAACAAAAUCACAAUCUGGAUCUGGAUUUUAAUUUUAAAGUGAUAUUCUCUUUAAAUGCUGGAUAUCUAUUUGAUAUAAAACAUUGGAUGCUGAACACCGGGGAUUGACUUCUUAGUCACAUCUAGCCACUUAUGAACCCUUUUUUUCCUUCUCUUCUGAAGGAAGAGCCUUAAAACUUCAGGAGGCUGAAACCAUUUUGCUCUUGCUUCAGUUCUUGCUGUAUUGCUUUCUCUUGUUGAUGUUGUUAAUAACUCCUAGAGGUAAUCUACCUCAGUUCAUUGAGACCGAGCAAAAGUGAUGAUCGAAAACGUAGGUGCAAGUCCAUCACAACCAGUUGUGUUGUUCUUUCUUAGGCCAGUGAUAGAUUUAAUUCCAGCAAUUCACGUUGUUCUGACUAAAAUUUAAAAUGCUAUACAAAUGUUGUACGUUAUACUUUUACAUAUUAACAUCAGGGAUCCAUGCUAACUGUGUAAGGAUUAAAUGUCCCAUAUUCUGCUGUUACUGGUAGCAGGGCUUUGGAGAAACAGCUUUCCGAAAGGACAAAAGGCCCUUCUGCAAGUACAUGCGACUUUUUUCUUUUACUGCUUACUAUGCAACACUGAAUAUUAGUAGUUACCUUAAGGUAGAAAAACAGAGACCCUGUUGAAAUUUUUGACCUGAAACUUCUCUCUCAAUCUCCCUUCAAAGGCAAAAGGCCAAUUUGCUGCUAUUGACUCCUCUUGGUUGUUGUUGCUCUUAAAAUCCUUCUUUUUUCCUUGAACCCAUGCUUUGGAUCACCAUACAAAGUUGUAGUUUUUUUUAAAUAGUUUUUUUGGUUUGGCAAAUACCCAAAACUAGCCAAAAUAUAUUAUUUCUCCCUAGGGUGCUAUAUUGUAGUUCUGUUAUAAUUUAACAUGAAGGUGAGCCUGCCAAUUUUUCAACUGCACCACUAUCAUAUUACUUAAAAUAUUAGGAUGGGAGUGAGACUGCUUAGCAUUUCUUUUCAUAGAUAAGAGAUUAUUUGGGCUUUCUAGACCACAUUUCUUGAACCACUAGCCACUUUAGCGUGAAAUAUUUACAUUUAUGUAAAAGAUUACUUGGCAUCUUGUACACACAUUUCCUUGUUUGAAAUAUAAUUCCUUCCUAAAACUGCCAUUUCAAAUUUUAAAAUGCUUUUGUUUGCUUUUUCUCCCCUCCAAGAGCACUGUCCUUUCAAUAGUUUUUCAUAGAUUACUGUAUUUUUAGGGGAAAUUGAUUUUUAUAGCCACUAAACUGUAUUCAUUAUUUUUGUACGUGUUAUAACUAGGUCAUUUGGGGACACAGAUCUUUAAAAGGGCCGUUUUGUUUCCACUUCGAUGCAUUGAUUUGCAGAUAGCGUGUUGCUAAAUAUUGCCAUAUUAAUUGUUACCUUUGACUUGCAGUGGAGGGGGGAAGACUUGAAAAUAAUAACUCAGUGAUAGCCUUGGUACAUAUAGACCAUAGACAAAUCCAUCUAAUUGGCUUGAGAUGUAGGAUGAUGAAAAGAAGAUUAUAAAAAUUGAAGGAUUACUUUCAGCAGAAUCGGGUAGUCAAGAUUUUCCAACUUCAGGAUCUACUUGGUGGUGUAUCUUUAUAUGCAAGAAUAGCAGAACUUCUUGCAAGGCCUUCUUGAUGAGCUUCCCAUAUCUGUUCUGCGGUGGGAGUACUUAAGUAUUGCAAGCUUCCCCCAUUUUGCAGAGACCAAGGAAGUCUUACUGUUCGAUUCUGCUGAUUUGAAUUGAUUAGGGAUCCCAGAACUUGACUUAUGUAACAUCUUGGGGUUGCUCUCAUUCAUGAAUUCAACCCGCUGCAAGUCUGAAGUCCUGGAGCUGCUUUAUCCAAGACAGAAAGGUAUUGAAGAUGCAACGCAAUCCCACCUGCAUCUUUUAAGUGCUUCAAAGCAGCUGAACACAAAAGGUUUAAUAUACAAAAUGCAACACAGACACCUGUACUGUAAAGCGGACUGUGCCAAUAUUACUUCAAUUUGUAGUCAUUAUCGAUCAUUGCUUGUUUUUAAAUGAAAACAGCUUUUUGAUUUAAGAGAAAAAAAAAUUGAAUGUCUGAUAUUCUGCAACACAUGUAUUGGAAAGAUGUAAAUAAUGUAUACAGAUUGUUGUAAGUGAUGGGAUUGAAAAAAAAAGUAUAUAAAUUCUAGGCUUUUUCAGUAAGAAACUGAAUGCUGUUUAUAAGGAGAAAAAUAAAUAGCUAUGUUUGACCAUUGA